GAGAUCUUUGGUUGCUAGCGCGGCACGUUGUGCUAUUUGGAGGACGAAAAACCAAAGUUGGCAGCGAGGUAAAAGAGAAAAACAUUGGUUAAACAAGAGGGUGUUCCAAAAUGAGUGAGCAGCUGAAGUUCAUCGUUGAGCAGCUGAACAAGGAGCCGUUCAAACGUUCCUACAACUUGAUCAGCUUUGACUCGUUAGAACCUUUACAGCUUCUUCAAGUGGCUAAUGAUGUCUUAUCUGAAAUCAAUCCACAGCACAAAUUGGACAUCCGUGAGGAAACGGCAGAUAUGACAGCGGUGCGAAUGAUGAACGAACUUCGAGUCUUGAAGUACAAGCCCAAUGAAGACCCGAGUACAUUCCGUCAGGGGUUGGUCUCCGGCUAUAAACCAGUCAUCUAUCCCAUCUUAGUCUGGCUGUUCCAGAAGAUGCCAGAGCUCAAGAAGAGAGCCUACUUGGCUCGCUUCCUGGUCAAGAUUGAAGUCCCUCCAGAGAUUAUACAAGAUGAUCAAGUGGCUGACACCUACGCUCAGUAUGCUGAGAUGGUGAACCAGUUUAAGGAGCUCCAUAAGGUCUCGGAGACGCUCAAGACGUCUGGCUUCUCAACCAAUGAGAUCCGACGAGAUAUCACCCAGAUGGAAGAAGAGAAGGAGCAGAUACUCAAGAGGAUUGAGCGACUUAAGAAACGGGUUGAGACAGUUCAAAACCAUGAGAAGAUGCUGGAGAUUGCAAGGAACUUCCGCAAGGAGCAAGAUCGGGAGAUGGCGCUGGCCCAGCAGAAACAGGAUCAGAAGAACCAGGCUUUGCAUGCUGAUCAGCGGUUGUAUCGUCUCACACAACAACUUAAAGACAUCAAACAGUCCACUGUUGGCGCUUCUGCAGAGGGUCUGAUCAAGAAAUUGGAGGAGGAGAACAAGGUCAAUGCUUAUCUUUGCCAGGACAAACUUCUUAAGGAGAUUGACGCUAAGCGCAAAGCGUGUCAGGACCUGGAACGAGUCGUCAACGAGCCCGCCAUGGGACAGAGUGAUUUGGAUGAAAUAAACUCACAGAUCAAGACCAUCAACUCGGACGUCAACGGCCUGAUCGAGAAGCGCAUGAUGCGAAAUGACCCCAUCGACGACAAGAUGUCGCUGUUCAGACAACAGGCCUCCAUCAUCUCUCGCAAGAAAGAGGCGGCGGCAGAGAACCUCCGGGAAUCUAAAGACGAGCUGGCAGCUUGUCGUCAGGAGGCUGCUGAGAAACGAGAAGGAGUGAAGGGUGUACAAGGGGAGGAAGUCCUUAAAGGAGAUGAGUUCAAACGCUACGUGAACAAGCUGCGAGGGAAAAGCACGAUCUACAAGAAGAAGAGGCAGGAGUUGGCCGAGUUGCGGGCCGAGCACGGCGUGCUGUCAAGAACGGAAGAGAUCCUCAGGCAGAGGGAUGAAGGGUUGCAGAAACAACUGGCUCACCUUGAAGCUAAGAAGGGCGUGUCUGGUUACCAUGAUACCCAGGAGGAAUUGGAGAAAGUGUCAGCCAUUAAGAGCGAGCUGGACGACAUGAAGGGACGGACGUUGGAGGAUAUGUCGGAAAUGGUCACGAAGUUGAAUAUGACGAUCUCGGUCAAGAAGGCCGACCUGGCACCGGUCAUCAAGGAGCUCCGGCCACUGAGACAACGGAGUCAGGAGAUCGAGACAUCGCACAAUGAGAAGAAGUCUGCUUACGAUACCCUAGCGGCUGGACUGGAGAGCAAUCGCUCAAAGCUUGAACAGGAAGUUCGAGCUUACAGGGAGGAGUGUUCACAGGAAGAGAGCCGUUUCCAUUAUCUGAACUGCAUGCGUCGUGUCAUUGCCAUGCAGCAGCAGAGAGUCUCGGAUGAGAUGAAGGCGUACACAUCGUCCGACCCUACUGAGAAGAAGAAAGCCUUUAGGGAUCAGUACACUAGAAAGAUACAGGAGCAGGAAAACCUUGGCAAGAGUCUUCGUGACAAGCAGAAGUCGAUCAAGGAGAGCCACGGCCCAAGCAUGAAGCAGAUGAAGAUGUGGAAAGACUUCCAGACAUUGAUGGAGUGUAAGAGGGAUUGUCACCUGAACAUAGGACAAGGUGACACCUCCAAGAUGAUCAGGGAUGAGGCGAAUCAGGAAGACAGACUCAUUCUGUAACUUCAACAUCCCCCGAACCUCAUCUGAACCCUAUUCAUAGAGCUGCUUAAGCACAAAAAGUUGCUAAGCACAACAAAAUAAGCGCUUACCAAAAUAAGGGUACCAGCCAAAGUACUAUAUCAUAUGUUCAAUUAGUGACUGGUCGGAAAGCGCUAAAUUGGUUGAUCUGGGUAAUUUUGCCAUGCAAGGGGUUCAAAUUCCACUUGAGUGCUAUGUCUGUGGAUUGUUUUUCACAGGACUUGGGGAAAGUACUGAGAAUAAAGUGCUUCAUACACAUCGGUGUAUGGGUAAACCAAAUAGUAUUUGUUGUACCGAUGCAAAUCUAACAUCUAUCUGCCUUUAUGGUCUGUGGAAGCUGAUUCUCUGUAUAGGGUUAGACAGAGUUAAUAACCCCGUCAAUACAAAUUUGAAGACACAUAUAAAAUCAAAAAUCACCGUUUAUUGAUGAAUAGUGUUUUAUUUGUGUUAAGAAACUUCAUUCCAUUAUAAAUAAAUCUUACUUGUUUAUUUUUGAAAUAGUAAAAAUACCAUUCACAAACCGUUAUAUAAUUUAUGUUAACACGUAUGCAUCAUAUUAAACAUGUCAAAAGGGGGGGGGUUGAUUCAGUUUUGAUCUACUUGUGAGAAUCGUGUACAUAAGGAGCUAGUGAACGGUGGCAUUAAAGGCAGUGGACACUAUUGGUAAUUGUGAAAGACUAGCCUUCACAGUUGGUGUAUCUCAUCAUAUGCAU